AUGAAACAAGGCAAUUAAGUCACCAAUCAAUUAAGAGAUGAAUUGGUUCACUUAUUUUCUAUCACUGAUACUAAGGAUCCCUAUUUGUUAAGCUAAAGAGCUGAUACUAUAAAAUCUGAAAUUGAAUAAAGAUUUAGAUUUCGUUGGAGUAUAAUAUUAUAUUCCAAUGAUGCCAAAAUGGAGUUUUCGUUUGUUUACGGUGACGAGUUCACUCUAGAGUUGAGAUCUGAAUCCUAUGGCAUGUUAGCCUACAUCAUUCCAGACCAGCCGCAGACUCAGUAUGAACCAAGAAGAGACAUUGGAGUUAAAAUGCCUCAAAAUUUGUACAAGGGUAACUACUAGGAGUAGAUUCCUGUAGAAAAGAAUAAUAUUGUUUAGAGGUAUUAAUUUAUAAAUGAGAGAAUCAAGUUCAAUAAUAUCCAAUCCUCCAAUAAGGUAUUACCCUUCAUUUUAUCCUUGAUUGAUUUUAUGUUAUAAAUAUUAUCACAUAAUGGAUUAUAUAAAUUAAUGGAUUAUUUAUUAAAUAAUAUUGAAGUAGAGAUAGAUUUAGACUAAAGUGAAGAUUCGACAAAUUCGAUGUGUUUUAAGGUCUAUAAUAAGAAUUUGCAAACGUUUUGGAUGGUCGAACAUAAACUUGAAGAAGUAUCAAAAUUUGCAUAGGAUGUCUUCAGUACUUAAAUGCCAGAUGAGAGUAGUGAAUUAUUCCCAUGGCUUUUGGAUUUGUGCACAAAAAAUAAUGAUCCACACAUACUUGACUUCUUUAAAUCAAAACCUAUGGAGAUGAAAAGGAAGCAAUCAAAAAAAAGAAGUCUUUCAACUUUUAGCCAAUUGCUAAAAAUGUCAUGCAUUGAAGAAACCAGAACACACAGCAGAAACACUGUAACGUCCAAAUAAAAACAAUAUACUUAAAUAAUUCUGGAAAAUUAAUACAGGUUUUGUGAUUUAAAAACCACCAGAGAUUUCAUUGAUUUAUUAGCCUUGUUACAUUAUAGAGAGAUUAAAAAGGUAGGAUCUGGAGCCUAAUCCCAAGCAUUCAAAGCUCUGAAUUAACAAGAACAUUUGGUGGCUGUGAAAAUAUCUCAAAACACAUAAGAAAAUCUAUAUGCAGCUUUGAUGUAAAGACAGAUCAAUUAGGAUGUGGCUGAAAACUUUGUGGGAAACUAUUUGUUUCAGUAUCAGAUCUUGGAAGUGGAGGACAUCCUAAUCAUAGAAGAAGAAUUGGCACAGAACACUUUGGAAGAUUUGAUAGAGAGAAAGCAACACAUGAAGGAGAAUUUCACGGAUUAUGAGAUCUUACAAAUCAUCAAAGAUAUUGUUGAUUAGUUAUACAAUCUGCACAUUGGAAGAUCUCACAAUGAUAUCAAACCUGAAAACAUUUUGAUACAAGAUGGUAAAUUCAUAUUGCAUGAUUUUGGAGCAAUCAGAUAAGUUCCAAAAGAUCAAGACUAAGUUGAAAUUAAUUAAAUAUUUGGCACAAUAUUAUAUAUGUCUCCAUUAAAAUUCGAACACUAUCUCUCAACCAAUUAAAAAUAAUAACUUGAUAUUCACAUUACACAUACCAUUGAUGCAAUCUCCAACAAUUUUAAACAUAAUCCAUUUAAAUCAGAUAUCUACUCUCUAGGAUUAGUCCUUUUGUAAUUAUUACUUCACAACGACAAAAUUAAUUUAAAAAAGCAAAUCGAAUGUCUCUUUUAUGAAUAAAGACAAUAAAAUUUACCUACUUUAAUUGAAAAAUACGAAAUCUAUCUUUAUUCUGAAAAGUUCUUCCUAUUCGAUCACAAAUUGAAAAGAAUCAAGCCUUUAUUAAAGUUGCUACUAGAUGAACACGAAGACACAAGGAUCUCUACCAUUGAAUUAGCCACCCUAUUUAAUUCUCAGAUUUGUGCAUCCAUUUAAACCUCAUUCACCUAAUAGUUUGUGCCAGCAAUCUGGAAAUCAGAAUAAGGCACUUGCUAAUUGGCCUACAGUUUGAAAUCUCAAAUUUAUUAGGGUUCUUACAAUAAGGAAAAGUAAGAGAGAGAUGGAUAUGGUAUUAUGUAUAAGGCACCCAAGAAUGAUUUAAUAUUUAAGAUUCAAAGGCAUAAGAAGGAUAAGAAAUCUAUUUGUGAUGAUGAGCAGGAUUUCGAUAUCAGCUAAGUUACCUAACUGUAAGAAUCUAAGUAGAAUCUCAGUGCAAAAUAAAGUUUAGUCUAAAAUCAACUUUAAAUCCUUUAUUCUGGACAUUGGCAGAAUAAUUUACCUCAUGGAAAAGGAGAAUUGCAUCUAUACAAUACAGUGAGCGACCUAAAUUACAAAGAAAUCAAUAUUGAUUAUGGCAAACUCAUUAAUAAAAUAGAUGAUCACCACGAAGAACACUAAUUGACAAUCAACUCCCAAUUUUAUUUUGGUUUAUUAGAUUCAAAGACGACUAUCAAUGGAUUAGAGGCUUAGUUUUUCCUUAAUAUAAGUGAAAGAUUGGCUGAAGAAGAUUUCAUAGUAGGGAGGUUUUAUUACAAAUUCGAAUUUGAUACAGCAACUCAGAAAUAUUUUGGAUAUCAAUAACCGUAUGAUUUUACUGUCAUUGAUUUGCUGGAUUUGAAUGACACUGAAAUCAUAUGUCUAAUCAUUAAUAGAUUUAUUAAGAAUCUUAGAAACAAAAUAACUCAUUUCGAAAUUCGGAGAUACGUUAUUGAGAAAUAGAUUUUUCUCAAGGAUAAGAAUAACAAUUAUUUAUAUAUAAGAUUUGAUGGAUAGAAUUAAAAGGAUACGCAAUAGAAGUAAUAAAAAGAUGUACAGAAUCGAAAGCUUAUCUAAUCUCAGGUAGUUUAAACAAAAUCUACAACUGCUUGUUGUGUUAAGCAAAAGAAGAAGGUCAGUCAAAACCAACACAAGGAUAUUGAAAUAUAGUCUGAUCUAUUGGAAUCCUAGAUUGUUCUAGAAUGUCUCAACUAAUAAAAAUAAAAUGUGAGUGAAUUAAUUCUAUAGACUACUUCAUUAUCUUCUCAAACAUUGGAAUGGCUAUUUGCAGAUGACAUGAUUUCUCAGAUUGAAGUGCUAAGUUUCAAUAAUUCAUUAAUCAAGGACAGCUAACUUAAGUUGAUUUUGAUGAGUCAAUCUGUUACUUAAGUGAGGGAUUUAGAUUUGUCCUACACUUAAUUAUCCAUUUAAACAGUAACUGCUUUGAUAAAUUCAGACAAUCUUAAUAAGCUUCACAAAUUAAGGAUGGCUGGAUGCUAGUAGUGUCAAUAAUUCGAAGAUUUCAUCAUUUGUGACAAAGCUUAGAAAUUAACUCUAUUAGAUAUCUCUAAUAAUAAGUGGGUUGAUGCCAAUCUCCUUAAAUUAUUCACGCCUGUCUAUUUGCCCAAUCUGAAUCAAUUGAAUCUAAAUAAGACUUCAUUAACAGAGAAGGAUAUUAAGAAGUUUUUAGAAACGCCUCUAGGUAAGAAAGUGAUAUUGGUGCAAUCAACUUCUAAGCUAUGGGAGUCGCAAAUUAUUGAUUUUAAGAUUUGUAUACGUACGACCAAUAGUCUGUUUGAGAAUAUUAGAAGCUUAGAAAAAUAUGGUUACAUGUCUUAAAAUGACAUGGAAGAGAAUACCUAUAUCAGAGAUGAAACUCUUAAAAGGAUAGCUCAUUCACAAGGUUUGCAGAAUAUUGAAUAUUUGAAUUUAAAGAAUCAGGAUAUCACUCAAUACGGAAUGAAACAUUUUCUAUAAUCCUAAUUUAUUACUAAUAUCAUUUCAAUAAAUUUAUCAAACACAAAAAUAAAUGGUGAAGUGUUAAAAUUAAUUUAUUCCUCAAAAAUUUAACAUUUGAAAAUCUUAAAGUUGAAAAAUUGCAAUCAAAUUGUGUUUGAUGAUGUGUAACUCUUUUUGAAAAAUUACAAGGCAGCUUAUCUUUAAAAAUUUUACAUAAGCAGUAGAUAAAUAUCAACGAAGAAACUUGUAACUGAGUUGAAGUAUUUAUAAUCAUUGAAUUAGACUCAAAUAAUAUUUAACAAAUAAGAAAAGCUAAUUGAUAUUUCUAGUUUGCUCACAAGCAUUCUGACUUGGGUAGCCAUCUUGAUAAGCAAGCAAAAACUCCAAAAAUUCACCUUAGACUUACGAGAUUGCAAGGGAAUAAAUAAUGGAUUCGAUUUAUUCUUAAAAGAGAUUCAAUCUCUAAAAGGAGAACAUUCUUGCACACUCAUAUUCAAAAUCUCUAAGUAUGAUUGUAAAUUUAUACAAGUUCCUCCUUGUCAACAGAAAUUAUAAAACAGUUGGAAUAGAAUUACAAAUCAAUUUAGUUUGUUUAAUGAUAGUUAUUUUAUUUAUUUAAUGAAAGAACGUUUUAAAAGGAAGGACAAUUUCAAUAGUAAGAUGAUUCUUAUUCAAUUGUUUUCUCUAUUAUGCACCUAUUACAGUGGGUUGAUAGUGGUAUGUCUAUUUUUGGAUUUUGCUGUUGGAUUAUAAUUUCAUUUAGGAUAAAUUUGGGACUUUGGGAUCUUCACUUAUGAUACUUACUUUAGUGUCAAUCUAUUGAGCAACAUAUUCAACAUUUUGGUAGUUGUAAGCGGAUUGAUCUUUAUCGUAGUUAAAGGAAGUAAGGUUCUGGAUUUUGUAUUCUCUUUGUAAUUAUGGCAUUUCAUUAUUUGUUGCGUGUUGAGUUCAUCAGAAUUCAAUAACAUGUGGCUGAUUCUAAAUACUAUUAUAAGUAUUCUGACCAUAUUUUUGGGUGAAUAUCUGUGUGUCAGAUUUGAUUAAUAGGAUACACUCAUCAUAGAUAGAUUAUUUAAGAACAAGAAGAAACCUGUUGCAGAACAUAAAAGAAAUGAUGAUAUUAUAAAAAUCAAUAUUUAAUGA